AGAUGUUGGGGUGCGGAGGGGGCAGGCAGAGGUGGUAGGGCGGCCCGCCCCCGCGGGUGGGGGGCCAGCACCGGCAGCGGGGGCCGCCCCGCCGCCUCCUCCCUGCCCGCGGCUCGCCCGGCUCGGGCCCCCGGAGGCAACGGCGAGGAGGAGCUACGGAGCCCGCAGACGGCAGGGCAGGGCGAGGGGGGCGGCCCGGCCCUGGCCCCGGUGGGGGGCGAGGCAGCGGCUCGCCCGGCCAUGCCACCCCGGCGCUGAAGCCGCCCCGCCGCAGCCCCCAGCCCCCCGGCCCCGCCAUGGCCGCGCCUCUCUAGGCGCCCCCCGGCUCGCCCCGCGUCGCCCCGGCUCCCCCCGGGGCCGCCGGCCGGAGGAUGGAAGAGGAUGGACCGCGAGCGGCCGAGGAGGAGCCGGAACCGGGCAGAGCAAAGACUUUCAUCCGCCUUAAUGACCUGUCCGGGGCCGGGGGCCGCCCGGGGCCGGGGGACAGGGAGGCGGGCAGCGGUGACUCGGAGGCGGAGGCGCUGCCCUACCCGGCGCUGGCUCCCGUCGUCUUCUUCUACCUGAGCCAGGAGAGCCGGCCGCGGAGCUGGUGCCUCCGGCUGGUCUGUAACCCGUGGUUCGAGCGGGUGAGCAUGCUGGUGAUCCUGCUCAACUGCGUGACGCUGGGCAUGUUCCACCCCUGCGAGGACAUCGCCUGUGACUCGCCGCGCUGCAGGAUCCUCCAGAGCUUCGAUGAUUUCAUCUUUGCCUUCUUUGCCGUGGAAAUGAUCGUCAAGAUGAUCGCACUGGGGAUUUUUGGGAAGAAAUGCUACCUGGGAGACACAUGGAACCGCCUGGACUUCUUCAUCGUCAUUGCGGGGAUGCUGGAGUACUCCCUGGACCUGCAGAACGUCAGCUUCUCAGCGGUCCGCACCGUCCGCGUCCUGCGGCCGCUCAGGGCCAUUAACAGGGUCCCUAGUAUGCGCAUCCUGGUGACGCUUCUUUUGGACACGCUGCCCAUGCUGGGGAACGUCCUCCUCCUCUGCUUCUUCGUCUUCUUCAUCUUUGGCAUCGUGGGAGUCCAGCUGUGGGCAGGUUUGCUCAGGAACCGCUGCUUCCUCCCCGAGAACUUCAGCAUCCCCUACACGGUGGAUUUGGAGCGAUACUACCAGACAGAGAACGAAGACGAGAACCCUUUCAUCUGCUCCCAGCCCCGGGAGAAUGGGAUGCGCUACUGCCGCAGUAUCCCAACGCGGAGGGAAGAGGGUCUCGAGUGCACCCUGGAUUAUUAUUCCUACAACGACACCACCAACACCUCCUGUGUCAACUGGAACCAGUAUUACACCAACUGCUCUGCCGGGGAGCACAACCCCUUCAAGGGAGCCAUCAACUUCGAUAACAUUGGCUACGCCUGGAUCGCGAUAUUUCAGGUCAUCACACUGGAAGGCUGGGUGGACAUCAUGUACUUUGUCAUGGAUGCACACUCCUUCUACAACUUCAUCUACUUCAUCCUUCUGAUCAUUGUGGGCUCCUUCUUCAUGAUCAACCUCUGCCUGGUGGUGAUAGCAACGCAGUUCUCCGAGACGAAGCAGCGCGAGAGCCAGCUGAUGAAGGAGCAGCGGGUACGCUACCUGUCCAACGCCAGCACCCUCGCCAGCUUUUCUGAGCCAGGCAGCUGCUACGACGAACUCCUCAAGUACUUGGUUUACAUUGCCCGUAAAGGCAGCAAGCAGCUUGUGGAGGUCUACCGGGUGGCAGGCGUGAGGAUGGGCUUCCUCACCAGCCCCACGAGCAAGGCGGGGUCCGACCGGCACGCCAGGAAGCACCGGAGCAGGAAGAGGUCCUCCGUGCACCACCUCAUCCACCACCAUCACCACCACCACCACCACUAUCACCUAGGCAAUGGGAACUUGCGGGCACCCCGCGCCAGCCCGGAGAUCAGCGAUGUGGAGACCAGCUCUCUCCACAACGGGACCAACCGGCUGAUGCUCCCCCCCUCAACACCGAACCCCCAUGGGGCCCCCAGCGCCGCUCCCGGCAACACUGAGUCCGUCCACAGCAUCUACCACGCCGACUGCCACUUUGAGCCGGUGCGCUGCCGGUCGUCCCUCCCACAGCCGGGCCUCAGCUUGCCGAGCCCAGAGGGCAUCCCCAAGAACAUUGUGGGUGCCAAAGUGUACCCCACAGUGCACCCCACGGUGCACCCCAGUCCCUCCCACGAGAUGCUGAAGGAGAAGAACCUGGGGGAGGCGGCCGUCGGUGCCGGGAGCAGCACCUUGACGAGCCUCAACAUCCCUCCCGGGCCGUACAGCACCAUGCACAAGCUGCUGGAGACGCAGAGCACGGGAUUCUUUUCAGUCCACGUUACGGAGAAAGGUGAUAGCUUUCCAGGUCCCUGCCAAAGCUCCUGCAAGAUCUCCAGCCCCUGCACCAAGCUGGACGACGGCUCCUGCAACCCCGAGAGCUGCCCUUACUGCCUCAAGGCGCUGGCGAGCGAGGCUGAGCUGUCGGACAACGAGACGGCCGACUCGGACAGCGAGGGCGUCUACGAGUUCACGCAGGAUGCCCACUACAGCGACCAGCGGGACCCGCAGCGGGGCAGAGCCCGGGCCAGGAGAGCGAGCCGGGUGCUGGACUUCUGGCACGUGGUGUGUGAGACCUUCCGGAAAAUCGUGGACAGCAAAUAUUUUGGCCGUGGGAUCAUGGUGGCCAUUCUCAUCAACACACUCAGCAUGGGGAUCGAGUACCACGAGCAGCCAGAGGAGCUUACUAAUGCCCUGGAGAUCAGCAACAUAGUCUUCACAAGCCUCUUUGCCCUGGAGAUGCUGUUGAAAGUCCUCGUUUACGGUCCUUUUGGCUACAUUAAGAAUCCAUACAACAUCUUUGAUGGGAUCAUCGUGGUGAUUAGCGUGUGGGAGAUAGUGGGCCAACAAGGCGGGGGUCUCUCGGUCCUGCGGACCUUUCGGCUCAUGCGAGUUUUGAAGCUGGUCCGCUUCAUGCCAGCCCUCCAGCGCCAGCUCGUAGUCCUCAUGAAGACCAUGGACAACGUGGCCACGUUCUGCAUGUUGCUGAUGCUCUUCAUCUUCAUCUUUAGCAUCCUGGGGAUGCAUCUCUUUGGCUGUAAGUUUGCUUCGGAGCGAGACGGCGACACGCUGCCCGACAGGAAGAACUUCGACUCCUUGCUCUGGGCCAUUGUCACGGUUUUCCAGAUUUUGACCCAGGAAGACUGGAACAAGGUCCUUUACAAUGGCAUGGCAUCAACCUCCUCCUGGGCUGCUCUCUACUUCAUCGCGCUCAUGACGUUUGGGAAUUAUGUUCUCUUUAACCUGCUGGUGGCCAUCCUGGUAGAGGGUUUCCAGACGGAGGAGAUCUCCAAGCGAGAAGAUGCGAGUGGGCAGUUAAGCUGUAUUCAGCUGCCUGUCGACUCGUCGGGGAAAGGCAAACUGGGAGUGCAAGAACAGGGUGAUGCUUCCAAGUCCGAUUCCGAGGGGGAUCUCUUCCCCCGCAGCCUGGAAGAGGAGGGAGGACUCAAGAAAAACUUGUCAAAUCCAGCCUUGAUGGCCCUGAGCGACCACCCGGAGCUGAAGAAGAGCCUGACCCCGCCGCUCAUCAUCCACACUGCUGCCACGCCGAUGCCCAUGCCCAAGAGCGCCAUGUUCGGAGAUGCAGCGCAGGGCUACGAGUCCCGCCGGGCCAGCGGCGUCUCCAUGGACCCCACUGCUUACGAGCUCAAGUCCCCGGUACUCACGUCACCUCCUCCUGCGGAUGCUCAGCGGGUGUCCGUUGGGUUUACGGGUCUGUCUGUCCAUGCAUCUGCCCCAGCUGGCACGGCAGCAGCCCGGCAUGGGGCAGGUGGCACAGGGCUAAUGCUCUCCCUGUCCUUCCCACAGCCAAGCGCCCGCAGCUCCCCGCACAGCCCCUGGAGCGCCGGCAGCAGUUGGAACAGCCGCCGCUCCAGCUGGAACAGCAUCGGCCGGGCCCCCAGCCUCAAGCGUCGGGGGCAGAGCGGCGAGCGCAGAUCCCUCCUCUCCGGAGAGGGGAAGGAGAGCUCGGAGGAAGGGGAGAGUUCGGAUGAAGAGCACUCCAGCCGGGCCGGCAGCUUCAACGGCUCUUUGCCUCAUCGCAUGGAGUCGCUGGAAACAAAAGGCUCCUUCGACCUCCAGGAUACCUUGCAGGUGCCUUCCCUGUACCGGACCAGCAGCAUGCACAGCAGCCGGACCACCACCUCCGAGCACCAGGACUGCAACGGGAAAACUUCUCCAGGUCUGCUUCUGCACCAGCUCCACCUGGAUGACCCCCGACAGGACUGCGAUGAUGAUGAUGAAGGCAACAUGAGCAAAAGAGACCGCAUCAAGGCGUGGGUACGGGCUCGUCUCCCUGCCUGCUGCAAAGAGAGAGACUCCUGGUCCAUCUACAUCUUCGCCCCUCACUCAAGAUUUCGCCUGAUGUGCAAUAGAAUCAUCACACACAAGAUGUUUGAUCAUAUCGUCUUGGUGAUCAUUUUCCUGAACUGCAUUACCAUUGCCAUGGAACGACCCAAAAUCGAGCCUCACAGUGCUGAACGGAUUUUCCUAACGCUCUCCAACUACAUCUUUACAGUUAUCUUCCUGACUGAGAUGACAGUUAAGGUGGUGGCACUAGGCUUGUGUUUUGGGGAGAAAGCCUACUUGAAAAGCAGCUGGAAUGUGCUGGAUGGGGUGCUGGUUCUCAUCUCCGUCAUCGACAUCUUGGUCUCCAUGGUGUCAGACAGCGGCACGAAAAUCCUGGGGAUGCUACGGGUUUUGAGACUGCUGAGGACGCUGCGACCCUUAAGAGUCAUUAGUCGAGCCCAAGGACUGAAGCUGGUGGUGGAGACUCUCAUGUCAUCCCUGAAGCCCAUUGGGAACAUCGUGGUCAUCUGCUGUGCCUUUUUCAUAAUCUUUGGGAUCCUGGGAGUUCAGCUUUUCAAAGGCAAGUUUUUUGUCUGCCAGGGCGAGGACACCAGAAACAUCACAAAUAAAUCGGAUUGUACAGAAGCAAGCUACAAAUGGGUCCGGCACAAGUAUAAUUUUGAUAAUCUCGGCCAGGCCCUGAUGUCUCUCUUUGUUCUGGCCUCCAAGGACGGGUGGGUGGAUAUCAUGUACGAUGGCUUAGAUGCUGUGGGAGUUGACCAGCAGCCAGUCAUGAACUACAACCCGUGGAUGCUCCUCUACUUCAUCUCCUUCCUGCUGAUUGUGGCCUUCUUCGUCCUCAACAUGUUCGUGGGGGUGGUGGUGGAGAAUUUCCACAAGUGUCGGCAGCACCAGGAGGAGGAAGAAGCCAAGAGGCGGGAGGAGAAGAGGCUUCGCCGGCUGGAGAAAAAGAGAAGGAGUAAGGAGAAACAGAUGGCUGAUCUAAUGCUGGAUGAUGUAUUAAUGGAGAGCUCAGCCAGUGCAGUGCAAGAAGCUCAGUGUAAGCCCUACUAUUCGGAUUAUUCCCGCUUCCGCCUCCUGAUCCACCAGAUGUGCACCAGCCACUACCUGGAUUUGUUCAUCACCGGAGUGAUCGGCCUCAACGUCAUCACCAUGGCCAUGGAGCACUACCAGCAGCCGAAGGUUCUUGAUGAAGCCCUGAAGAUUUGCAACUACAUCUUCACCGUUAUCUUUGUCCUGGAGUCUGUUUUCAAGCUUAUCGCCUUUGGGUUUCGUCGCUUCUUCCAAGACAGAUGGAACCAAUUAGAUCUGGCAAUCGUGCUGCUGUCUAUCAUGGGCAUCACUUUGGAAGAGAUCGAGGUGAACGCUUCGCUACCGAUUAACCCCACUAUUAUCCGAAUCAUGAGGGUUCUCAGGAUUGCUCGAGUGUUGAAGUUGCUGAAGAUGGCUGUAGGGAUGAGAGCCCUGUUGGACACCGUGAUGCAAGCGCUGCCGCAGGUGGGGAAUCUGGGUCUUCUCUUCAUGUUGUUGUUUUUCAUAUUUGCAGCUCUUGGAGUGGAGCUGUUUGGAGACCUCGAGUGUGACGACACGCACCCCUGCGAGGGGCUGGGACGGCACGCCACCUUCAGAAACUUUGGGAUGGCCUUUCUCACUCUCUUCCGAGUAUCCACGGGAGACAACUGGAACGGGAUAAUGAAGGACACGCUGCGAGACUGUGACCAGGAGUCCACCUGUUACAACACCGUCAUUUCACCCAUCUACUUCGUCUCCUUCGUGCUGACGGCCCAGUUUGUCCUGGUGAACGUGGUGAUCGCCGUGCUCAUGAAGCACUUGGAGGAGAGCAACAAGGAGGCUAAAGAGGAGGCAGAGCUUGAAGCAGAACUGGAAAUGGAAAUGAAGACAAUCACCCCCGGCCAACACAGCCCCUCGGACAUCUUUGCGUGGCCGGGCAGCGCCAGCGGAGAGAGACCCGAGAGCCCCCGAGGAUGUACCAACCCCAUGCAAAUCAAGGUGGACUCUCAGCUCUCAUUAGUUUACCCUAUGGAAAGGCACUUGUUUGAUACCAUAUCACUGCUGAUCCAGGAAUCUCUGGAAGGAGAGCUGAAGCUGAUGGACAACCUGUCAGGCUCUGUGUGCCAUCAUUAUGCCCUCCCAGCUCCCGAAUAUUACAACUCUGAGAACCAGAUCCCUCUAGCUGAGAUGGAGGCUCUGUCUCUGACGUCAGAUAUUCUCUCUGAAAAGUCCUGGUCCUUAGCUCUGACGGAUGACUCUUUUCCUGAUGAUAUUAACACACACUUACUUAAUGCUCUGGAAAGCAAUGCUGAUCUCCGCUCCAAAGACGACACGCUGACCCUGUCUCCCAGCAAGGACUUGCUGAGCGUGAGAAAGCCUUCGGUGGGGCGCACCCACUCCUUGCCAAAUGACAGCUACAUGUUCCAGCCGCCGUACUCCAGCCCCUGCCCUGCUUCCCUGGGCGAGAGGAAUCCAGCACAUCACAAGUCCCAGUCAGGUUCAAAGGCAUCGGUGCAGUCGCAGCCGGCAGACACCAGCUCUCUCCUGCAAAUCCCAAAAGACCAUUUUCACCACGUAAGAGCUCACGAGCGUUGGGUGAGGGAGAGCAAACCCCAGGCCUCCCCGCAGCUGCACUCUCCUUCUGCUGAAAGGCUGCUCCGCAGGCAGAUGGCUAUACGGAACGACUCUUUGGAUAGCAAGGAGAAUCUCCACACCGAGGUGAGUGAACUCUCUGACCCAAAUGUCCCCGCUGUGCCCAAGGAGGAGUCAUCAGUGGCUCUGACGCCCUCAGAAGCGCAGGAGUUGGCUGCAUGGAGCCGGGCAAGCGUUCAUACGCAGCAGCAUUCCCACAACCAGUAUAAUAUUUCAAAGCAGGCACCAGCAUCCUGUGCUUGUGCAGACUCGUGUCAGGAGACACCUGGAGAUUCAAUGGACCAAGAAGUAUCUGAAAUAAACAGCUCCUCGGAGCCUUUCACUUCAGAAACUUGUACAGCCUCGAGUGCCUGUUCAGAGGUUCAGCCUCUCACUCCUAAGAGGAGCGUAGGCAAUACCGGCAACGUUACAUUGAAGGACCUGAAGAAAUACCACAGUGUAGACACCCAGGGUCUUCUAAAAAAGCCGCCCUCUUGGUUAGAUGAUCAAAGGAGACAUUCAAUAGAAAUUUGUUCAAUGGAAAAUAGCCCUCAGCACCAUUCCACAUCUAGCUCUUCUGGCUUCAUAAGUCAGGUGGUAAGUGAAAUGGAAGGCUUGCAAGGAACACGGCAGAAGAAAAAACUGAGCCCUCCGUGUAUAUCUAUAGAUCCACCCGAUGGACAGAGUUUACUACCUAGAGGACCUCACAGCAUCUCACCUGCCAGUGGAGACAUUUGCUUGAGACGGCGUGCUCCAUCUUGUGAGUCCAAGGAUUCGAUGGAUAUAGGGGAUUCGUUGCUUCCAGACAGUAUGUCAACGUCUCCUACCCCAAAGAAAGACUUGUUGACACUUCCUAGCUUUUCCUUUGAUCAAACGGAAAUGGACCCCUGAGUUACUUUUCUGUUGGUGCCAAAUGUUUUCUUCCUUUCAUGUAAUAGAAAAAAAAAAAUAAAUUAAAAAACUCUGUAUUCCAAAAUGGCACUGGGUAAAAAUUUUCCAAAGAAAGAUUAAAGAACCAGCUGGUUAAAAGAGUGGUUAACCUAUAUCACGCUUACUUAAGCAUAUGUUCUGCUUAGGUAAAAGCAAUACAAUGUGCAGAAUCUAUAUGUAUAUUAUAUUUUAUUAAAUUAAUUGAAUCUAGUAUUGCGGGAUGUAGUACAUUUUGUGACUAAAGACUCGUUUAAUUUUCUUCUAUUUUAUGUAUCUCAGAAUAUUUCUGAGAUAACGUUGGUUUUUAUGAAUAUUUUAACCUAAAAAAAUAUAUAUUUAAUCCCUUCUCUUUUUUUGUUUUGUUUUGUUUGGGUUUCAUUUUGUUUUGCAAAGCACAAAAUGUAGCCAAUUAGUGCAUUACAGAGGAAAUGUAUCCCACAGUCAGCAGUAAAUAAGGAUUAUUUAAUGUAAUUUAUUUUUCCCCUUGGACUUUAAUGAUAUUCUGGGAAAAAGAUUGUUUGGGUAGUAUAAAAAUGCAGUGGCAGUUUUUUAACAAAAUAAUAUUCCGAUCCUGGAUAAAAUCAACAUCCAGAGUAAAAGCAAGUGCACAAACCCAGGAAGGUACCACAUGCUGACAGAUGUCCCGUGGCAGGGGGUCGGAACUAGAUGAUCUGUAAUGUCCCUUCCAACCCAAACCGUUCUAUGGUUCGACGAUUCUAUGUCUGGAGGUGGUGAAUGUAGAGCCAUUUCACUGUACACAAUACUGAAUUAUGAAAGGAUGUUCUAGAUCAUCCACUGGUGACCCACAAAAUCAUGUCAAAAAUGGUUAAUUUUCAUACGUGCCUAGGAAACAGAGGCAAGAAAAGCCUGUGGUCACUUCUGAGAUGUUUUUCCAGGGUCUUUGAGACAGAUUUGUUUCUUUUCCUGAGUUUUGCCCCCCUGCAAGCCUGCUGUUUGCCGCGGGGCUCCUCCUCUCUGCGCCCCCACGGGAAGGGGAGCGAGGCCCUGGUGAGGGUUUGCAGUGGGUGACCUCAGCGCAGAGCUGCCGCGGCACUGGGCUUAAGCACAUGGUUAAAGUUAAGCUCUUGCUUAAGCUGCCUUGAGGUCGAUCGUAUUUAAGCAAUUCUUUAAAACUAAAAUCAUACGCUUAUGUGUUCGACAGAAUCAAGGCCUACUGCAAGUUAUUUUAUGGAAUACGUGUAAGAAAGUCUGUAGGUACUGAAGCGACUGUUGAUUUUCAGUUUUGAAGGUCAAGUUUUUUUGCUGUAAGAGCUAAUUUACAUGACCCUGACUGUAA